GGCUCUCCCAUGUCGGCAGCGGUGGUAAUGGCUGCGGCCCGAGCAGCCGCCGCUUCCCUCGCUCUCCCGCUUCGCGGUUUGAACUGAGCUGAAGUAACGGCCGCCGCCGCCGCCAUCAUGGCCAAGGACGUGUUCCUGCUGCGCUCGGCCGGGCCGCCGGGCGACAUCAAGCAGGAGCCGGAGGACGACUCGGACGCGGACGAGGAGGCGGAGGAGGCCGAGGCGAGCGUGAGGAAGGCGGGCGAGGCGCAGAUCAUCCACAGCGGCCACUUCAUGGUGUCGUCGCCUCACAGCGAGCACCCGCCCAAGAAGGGCUACGACUUCGACACGGUCAACCGGCAGACGUGCCAGACCUACUGCUUCGGGCCGCUCAGCACCUCGCACCUCUCCAUCGACGCCUCCCUCACCAAACUCUUCGAGUGCAUGACUCUGGCGUACAGUGGGAAGUUAGUUUCGCCUAAGUGGAAGAAUUUUAAAGGAUUGAAACUUCUGUGGAGAGACAAAAUCCGACUCAACAAUGCUAUAUGGCGAGCGUGGUACAUGCAAUAUGUAGAAAAACGAGACAAUCCUGUCUGUCACUUUGUUACUCCAUUAGAUGGAACUAUUGAGUUUGAGGAGCCUCGUAGACCUGAAGCGACUGCAACGGAGGGAAAGUUCUGGAAGCGAAGGAUUGAGAUUGUGAUCAGAGAGUAUCACAAGUGGCGCACAUAUUUCAAAAAACGAUUACAGAAACACAAAGACGAAGACCUUUCAAGUUUAAUUAAACUGCCUGGCUUCGACGAUGGCUGCCCCGAAGCCUGUUGCCCUUCUUUCCAGGAUGAGGACUUGGUGGCCUGGAGGGCGAAGCGCAAAGGAAAUGAAACGCCGGUUCCCAUGGAGCAGGACCAGCUCCUGGACAUGGACAUGCUGAUGUCUGAGUUCUCGGACACGCUUUUCUCAACCCUCUCCUCGCAUCAUCCUGUCGCCUGGCCGAACCCCAGGGAGAUUGCACAUGCAGGAAAUGCAGACAUGAUUCAGCCCGGGCUGAUCCCUCUUCAGCCCAACCUUGACUUCAUGGACACCUUUGAGCCUUUCCAGGAUUUCUUCCCCAUGGCCCGCUUCCCGUCUCUGGUUGGCAGCAUCUUCUCGUCUCCCACCUCUUCCGUCCCUCCCAUUACGCUAGGCACUAGCAGCUCACCGCCACAGGGCUUUCGACCACAGGCUUCGCUUACCAGCCAACAGACGUUUUUGCCCCUGUUUUCACCUGCCGUGCCGUCUCCUCAGACUCCCUCCACCCAGCCGCCGGCACAGGCUACCCAGCCCACGAUACCUCACAGCCCCCCUCUGAUCACCCAGUCCUCAUUCGCCAGCCCAGCGAGCCGCAAGUUUGGCUUCACCCCCUCCCCGUCGCCACAGGCACCGGCCGCCAGCCAAGCCGCGGCCACCACCUUCACCCAGAAACCCAAAGUCCUCGCCACGGGCAAGCAGCAGGGGGCGCCGUGCAGCUUGGCUAUGCAGCCACCGAAAAAACUCAUGCCCUUUGCUGUACCAAAGGCUGCUCCCCAUGUAGGCUCCAGCAGUCGGACCCCGAAACAGCUGCAGAAGAUCGUGCCCGCGUUAAAGUCCGAGCUCGUCCCCAUCGCUUCUGUUGCUUCUCCAGCCACCGUCCAGUCACCGAAUGCCUUCUUAGCACAGUUUUUAGCAGCAGGUUCCGGUGCUGUGCUUGUAACAUCCUCACCAUUAAAACCUGAGCUCGCCUCUGCUGUUACCCAGCCCAGUGUUGUCAUCACACCAGCUGGCAUCGCCACGGCUACCGGUGUGACUGAUUUCCAUGGCAGUAUUUUAGUUGGCCCAGCCCAACAAUCUGGUGUCAUAACCGCCUCCUCCCAAACCUCCCAGUCCGCAAAAUCCACUAUCUCGCAACUCUUUGCUUCGAACCCAAUCCCCAGCGCAGUCCAGAUCCAGUCCAAAGCUGAACAAGUCGCACCUCAGACCUCAAAUGAGCACGUUUCCUCUGCAACAGCGAGACCCCGGGAACGCCAGGCUUCCGGUCAGGGAUCGCCGGCAGUGUCAGAGCGGAUCCCCAGCCCACAGUCUCCCACCAAUAACUCUACAAACCCCAAAACUGAAGUGGUGGUAUAUAAGAGUCUAAGAAUGACGCACAUUUCAGCAGAACAGAAGAGGCGGUUUAACAUCAAAAUGGCUUUUGAUACUCUUCACAGUCUGGUAGCCACUUUGAAAUCUCAGUCAAACGCAAAGCCGAUCAGCAAUGCGGUCACACUACAGAAGACUGUGGAAUACAUAGCAAAGCUCCAGCAGGAGAGGACACAGAUGCAAGAGGAAGCCAAACGUCUCAGGGAAGAAAUUGAAGAGCUCAAUGCAUCCAUCAAUACCUGCCAACAACAGCUUCCUGCGACUGGCGUUCCUAUAACGCGGCAAAGGUUUCAUCACACGCAGGAAAUGUUUGAUGAGUACGUCAAAUCGAGAACGCUUCAGAACUGGAAGUUCUGGAUUUUCAGCAUAAUCAUCAAGCCAUUGUUUGAAUCUUUCAAUAACAUGGUCUCCACCUCCAGCCUGGAAGACUUGGGCACUACCACAAUGUCCUGGUUGGAUCAGCAUUGCUCCCUCCUAGUUCUUAGACCAAUGGUGCUCAACACACUUCGGCAACUCUCUACCACCACAUCCAUCCUGUCCGACCCCUCGCUCAUGCCGGAACAAGCCACGCAAGCCGUAAGCCAGAUCAGCAAGAACAGCGGCAACUCGUAACCGGCUGCCAUGGCAACUUUGCCCCUACCCCCGCCAUGUGUGAGCAUGUGACGGUCGGUCAGACAUUGAUUGCCCUUUGGUGGAAAAUCACCUGCGCUUUCUCUCUUCUUCCCCCCCCCCCCCC